AUGGAUAACAAAUUGAGAAGUGUGAUUUAAUUUGCUCUUUACACUCUAUUGUUUUCAGUAAAAAAUACUAUGGAUUUUGGUAAAAGAAUAGAACAUAGUUUAUAUGUAUAAAUAUGAUUUGAUUAAGGCAAUUUAUUUAGUAAGUUGUCUCUUUUCAUAUUAUUAUCUAUAAAAGUUUAUUAAGAAAAAUUGUAAGAAGGCGAAUUUAAUGUAAUAAUAUAUGUAUAAAGAACGAAGAUAAAAAUUAACUAAGUUACUUUUAAUAACUUUGAUGUUAAAUUGUUUGCCAUUAGAAAAUGUAUUAGAUUAGAAUUAUCCAGGAGUUUAUAGAGAAUUGACAGAAUUAAUAAAUUAAACAAUUAUAUUUUAUACUUGGUUGGUGAUGUUUGAAUAGAAUUAGAAAAAAGAAAAUGUUGAUUAAUAAGCAAUUAAACCAAUUACGAUAUUUAAAGUAUUAUUUUGUUUUGGUUAUCCUUUAAAUUCAAGUUUGGAAAUGAUAAAUCGAAUAGUAAAUUUUAUAUAUAGAUUAUAAUUUUUUAUUAGAUAGAUUAAAAGAAAAAAAGAGAAUAUUAAGUUUUAUUGGGAUUAGAGUUACUUUAUGGAGUAGUAUUUUUAGUGUAAUAUGGCCUUUAUAUAAAAUAAUAUAAGAUGAGAGAUGUGAAGACUAAUGUAAAUUUCAAAUAGCAUGAUCCUUUUGAUGAUGAAUUAACAGACACAAUUUCACCUGAAAAUGAUAAGGAAUCAAUGAUUUAUGAUUAUUUUAGAUUUUCUGUAAUAGGAUGUUUAAGUCUUAUAAUAAACACAAUAGUAAAGGAUUAUUAAUUUGAAAGAGCGAGUAUGAGUUACAUAAAGCAAACUGGAAUUAUAGUAGUAUAUGUAAUAUUAAUUUCGAAUUUGAUAAAAAUAAGAGAAGAAAAAUAAUUGGAAAACAAGAGUUUUUUAGAAUUAAGUAAUAAAUAGGCUAGAAGUGAUGAACCCUUAUAGGUUUGA